AUGGAAUUUUCAUUCGGCAUCGGCGACGCUUUCAUCAUGUCCAAGCUGGCGUGGAACGUAGCACAGGUUCUAACGAAGGGCCGCAAGUCAGCACCAAGAGAAUUCCAUGAAUUAGAAGACCAGCUGUAUUCUCUGGUCGCUGCUCUAACAGCCUUGAAAAAUUCGUUUGACAAUCAGGACAGCCCCAACUCAGAGGGAGGCAGCUUCGCCCCCCAAACUGAUCUUCUCGAAGAAGAAGCCCUUGGUGAGACUUUGAAAAAAGUUCUGACGAGUUGCGGCAGGACAUUGAAGCACUUAGAGGAAACAUUGAAGAAAUAUGGUGCCAUGGUCCAGCCAUAUGAUGUGGAUGGGACAACAAUGAGCAAAUGGGCAAAGGUGUUGGCCAAAGACUACAAAAAGAUCGCCUGGACAACAGAAAAGGGAAAUCUAGACUCAUUGAGGAGUCAAAUUACGAUUCACACCAACAGCUUAGAUUUGAUUAUCGGGGUGAUCAGCAACUCUCGCACAAAGCGCAUUGAAAGAGUCCUACACGAGAACUCUCAUAUGAUGAAAGAGAUAUAUGACUGGUUCAACGAAAGCAUGAAGAAUACUGAUAUCGAGGUCCACGGAAUGACCCAUCAUCCACUGGCGACAUCCAACCCAGCUCCUCCGCCAACUACCUUCGAAGUUUGCCUCAGCCAAGAUACGGGUGAAACAAGACUGAUUUGUUCUCGCGCAAGCCUCCAUGAACACUGGAGUUCAGGGGUUUCAAAAGAAAAUUUAGAUGAUCAAUAUCCCUUGUUCACCUGUCAUUGCAGCUUAUCACCAGGAGCGACUCAAGGCGACCAUUCCUCCGCGCUCUCUAUAUAUGCAUUUUCUCCAUUCACAUUCCCUUUCAGCCUCCUUGGGCCGCAGAAAUCAUGGAUGCUGUACAAGGUUGCUGAUACUUUGCAUAACACAAUGGUGGCAAUCAUCAUCCGGAACGCAGCAUUGACCUACAUACAAGAGUUUGAGCAGACAUUUAUUCGUACACUUUCUGAAGCCAAAGCAGAGCUCAUGUUUUCGCGAAGUAUGAACAACAUGCUCGCUCAUAUCGAGCCACAUACGCAACAAGCUUACGUAUUGAACUUACGAGGCAACGUAAGCAGCGCAGGAGAGGACUUUGAAUCCAUUACGUUUACUUUAGGGACUAGGACCUACAAGAGGAGUAUGAUCAAGGGCGUCGACCUUCUACACUACAGAGCUGUGAAACCUGAAUUCGGCUCGCCCUCAAGCACUACUGAAGUGCAAAAUCCGUUUUGUGACUAUGCCGAAAUCCUUCUGUUCUAUGAUGAGACGGAGGACACGACACUUGGAGACAUCUCACGCAAUCUUCUUCAAGUGAGAAGCAAUACGUCCAUGUCGUUCUCCGAGCAAGAGGCCCAGGUCACAAUUCGAAAAAUCAAGUGUCUAGGGUACUCCAACGAAGCUUGUACCAGCACAAUCGAAAGUGUUGAUGUUAAUCUGCAAUUUGCUAGAACAGAAACCGCGAGAGACUUCUAUGACAAACUCGAGGCCAUGCGCUUGGAACUUUUUGCCCUCAGCCUAGAGUACCCGCAGAAAGAAGAGAAUGUUGUUUUGCAUCUGUAA